CUCCCCUUCUGUUCCUUUUCCCGUUUCUGCGGCGGGGCGGGGUGGGGCUGGCCGCGCCAGCAGGCGGGGCCGCAGCGAGCGAGCGAGGCGAAGCGGAGGGCGGGGAGGGGGGGGGCGAUGCCGACUCAGCGCGAGAGCGGCAGCAACAGCGGCGGCGGGAGCGGCAUGUCUCACCCGGGCCUGGGCGGCGGCGGCUCCGGGGGCGGCGGCUCCGGGGGCGACAGCGCCCACCAGGUCCGCGUCAAGGCGUAUUACAAGGGGGACAUAAUGAUAACCUAUUUUGAACCUUCCAUCUCCUUCGAGGGACUGUGUAAUGAAGUUCGAGACAUGUGCGCUUUUGAUGAUGAACAGCUUUUCACCAUGAAAUGGAUUGAUGAAGAGGGAGAUCCAUGUACUGUAUCUUCUCAGCUGGAGCUAGAAGAAGCUUUUCGGUUGUAUGAGCUGAACAAAGAUUCUGAACUUCAGAUACAUGUGUUCCCCUGUGUACCAGAAAGGCCUGGAAUGCCCUGUCCAGGAGAAGACAAGUCUAUUUAUCGUCGAGGAGCACGGCGAUGGCGGAAGCUCUAUUGCGCAAAUGGUCACACUUUCCAAGCCAAACGAUUUAACAGGAGAGCUCACUGUGCCAUCUGCACUGAUCGGAUAUGGGGAUUGGGACGUCAGGGAUAUAAAUGUAUCAACUGUAAACUCCUUGUUCACAAGAAGUGUCACAAACUUGUCAGUAUAGAAUGUGGCCGGCACGCAAUACCACAAGAUCCUCUAAUGACAAUGGAUCAGUCAGCAGUACAUCAUGAUAACAUAGAACCUGUGAUACCAUAUAAUCCUUCAAGUCAUGAAAGUUUGGACCAUGUUGGUGAAGAAAAGGAGGCAACAAGUAUUAGAGAAAGUGGCAAAGUAUCUUCCAGUCUGGGUCUCCAAGAUUUUGAUCUACUUCGAGUAAUAGGGAGAGGAAGUUACGCAAAAGUUCUUCUAGUUCGGUUAAAGAAGACAGAACGCAUUUAUGCCAUGAAAGUGGUGAAAAAAGAACUAGUAAAUGAUGAUGAGGAUAUUGAUUGGGUUCAAACAGAAAAACAUGUCUUUGAGCAGGCUUCAAAUCAUCCUUUCCUUGUUGGCCUUCAUUCUUGUUUCCAGACAGAAAGCAGGCUGUUUUUUGUUAUAGAGUACGUAAACGGAGGAGAUCUCAUGUUUCAUAUGCAGCGGCAGAGGAAAUUGCCAGAAGAACAUGCCAGAUUUUAUUCAGCAGAAAUUAGUUUAGCGUUAAACUAUCUUCAUGAACGAGGAAUAAUUUAUCGGGACUUGAAACUGGACAAUGUGUUGCUGGAUUCUGAGGGGCACAUCAAGCUGACCGAUUAUGGCAUGUGCAAGGAAGGAUUAAGGCCUGGAGACACAACCAGCACUUUCUGUGGCACUCCCAACUAUAUUGCUCCUGAGAUUUUGCGUGGAGAAGAUUAUGGAUUUAGUGUGGAUUGGUGGGCUCUGGGUGUUCUGAUGUUUGAAAUGAUGGCAGGCAGAUCGCCGUUCGAUAUUGUUGGAAGCUCUGAUAACCCUGAUCAAAACACAGAAGACUAUCUUUUCCAAGUUAUUUUGGAGAAGCAAAUCCGUAUUCCCCGGUCCCUUUCUGUGAAAGCAGCAAGUGUUCUAAAGAGCUUCCUUAACAAGGAUCCUAAAGAACGCUUAGGAUGCCAUCCUCAGACAGGAUUUGCAGACAUUCAAGGACAUCCAUUCUUUCGUAAUGUAGAUUGGGAUCUGAUGGAGCAAAAACAGGUGGUUCCUCCAUUUAAGCCAAACAUAUCUGGGGAAUUUGGCCUGGACAACUUUGAUUCCCAGUUCACUAAUGAGCCUGUUCAACUGACUCCCGAUGAUGAUGAUAUUGUGAAGAAGAUUGACCAGUCUGAAUUUGAGGGCUUUGAAUAUAUCAAUCCUCUUCUGAUGUCUGCUGAAGAAUGUGUCUGAUCUCCUCUGACUUCUGAACUGUGCCAUUUGUUGCUUCUUCUUUUUUCUGCAUGGAUUAGCAGCUUGCUGUUGAGAUGCAGUUGCUAAAAUUCAUUGACCUGUUUCAUCUGCCAUCUACUAUGAACUGUCCAUAAGCUAAAUUCUUUGGUUAUGAGAAUCUGAAGUACUGUUCAAACUAACUUCACAAAAGUUGAAUCCUCACAAAGGCAACUGCUUGCAUUCAAGCUGCCUGAUGUGGGAAUUGACUGACAUGCUGCUUGAAAUGUAUUGCUCUGUAUUCCAAAGAAUGUUGCAUUUAAGGUUCAUAGAAAAUUUAUGGCAAGUUAGACUUAAAACUAAUACCCAGAUUUGGGGAUAGGGAAUUAAUCUAAUGUGGCCACUCCCAGUUUUCAACAUGGGGUGCAGUCUUGACUUUGAUAAUGCUGAUUAAACACUGUUUUUCAAUGUGAGUAUACCUGAGUUGGUGACAAUAACAUGCAUUGCCAAAAGUCUGCAGGAGGUUGCAGGGGAAUUGUCAUGUAAUGCUGCAGCCCACUUCCAGUCCUUGAAAUCUGGAUCUAAAUUUUUGUCUUCCAGGUUAAAAUUUCAGUUCAACUUGUGAAAUGUUCUUAUUAUCCUCAUAAUUAUUCACAUCUUCAAGGCUGUAGCUGAAGCUGUUUUUGACUUGCUGAAAGUGGCACAGUGUUAGGUUAGAUUCUUACCAAUCCAUCUCACCAGGUUUCCUUUCUCAGUGCAGCCCCGAUACCACAUGGCUUUUGUCUAUGCAAGCCCUAUUAUCCUUGGCUUAGUUUUUUGGUGCUAGACCACCUCCUCCCCUUUUCACUACUGUAAAAGCUGUUAGGGCACAGCCAGUUUAUCUUUAAUUUUGUGCAUCCAAGGACAAUGGGCAUUUUCUUGGAACACUGAGGUCAUAGGUCUGUCUCAAGAGGAUUAUGUUCUUGAACACCAUAUAAUUGACUUCAAAGCUGCUUUUCAUUGUUAACCAAGAUUUAUCAGGUACACAUUCAUCAAGUACACAUCCUUUGGUAUGUGAAUGAGUGCGUUCCCGAGCCUGUCCUUUCAAGAAGGGCUAAUAAGCGGUGUGAUGUUUAGUUCUGUUCAUUUAAAAUUACAUUUGAGUUUUUAAAUGAAUUAAACUAAACAUUUGUGGAUUUUAAGAAAUAGCACAAAUAGGCAGCUAAUUAUCACAAAUAAGGUCUUGUGCCUUCUCCUCAGAAUCUUGUAACUCCAAAUUUAUUUGAAAUGGUAUUCACAGUAGACUCAAACAACUAGAAAUCUUAACCCUCGGCUAUGAGGUUUGAAAAGCAUGCUACCAUACCAGUGUCAAAGAAUCUCUCUACUGAUGGUAGCCUGAGAUUUCUGAUUAUGUUAAAGGUCUUUCCAUUGUAAACAUUCAUCUGGCACAUUCACAUCAAUUAACAGAGCACUGGAAUAAAUUAAAACCAAGCCAAGUAGAUAGUUGAAGAUGCAAAUUCUAAAGGUAAACCAGACUAAUAAAAGCAUGACAAAUUUGCAUUUGAAAGUGCAAGGUCUUGGCUGCCUAGAGAGAUGUCACCUGAACUAUUGCUUAGGUUUUAAAAUGCUUGCAAAGAAGGGAUUUUAAAAGUGUGCAUCAUAGUUCAACUUUCUGUGAUGUAAAGGUAAAAUGCAUGGUACAUAUGUGCAUUAUGAUUACCCAUUUUAAAAUAUGAAAUAACUUUUACAAACACUGACAUACUAAACUGAAGGAGGGAAGGUAAUUUGUCUUGGUACUUGCCCUUACUGCUUGAGCUGGCUCAUGUUGGUUACAGACUAAAUUUAAGAACUCUAAUUAUGUGAUGUUUUAGUUUUGGGGGAUGUCAGUAUAUUGUAUAACUUAGCUUUUGUCCUUUCAUUUCUCAGUCCUUUUUCAAAACUGGGCCACUGACAGUGUGGGUACACUUAAGUUGCAUGGUACAAAAUGGCAUUAUUAGAGGUACCUUUUUAAUGCAGUUGUAAAAUGAAAAAAUCUCACAUUCAAGAUUUUUCUGCUUCUAAGCACAAAUUCAGUGAAUUUACAGAUGUUGAUGUUUCUUCCUGUAUCUGUGUGUAAUACCUGUUUUAUGUUGUGGUAUAUCAUCCAUUGUCACUUUAAAAAAAUGAGUGAUAUGUUAAAAGCAAAGGUUAUUUUCGUAUUUUUCAAACAAGUGCCAUGGUAUUAAAUUUUUGUGUAUUUAAAAAAGAUGUUAAACGUGUAGAAGCUGUCUUAAAAUAUUAAAGAGGGAAUUUGGUCAUGAAUGAUAGUGGAGCAUGAUUGGAAUAGAGAAUAACGGUUAGCAUAAAAAAUGGACUGAUGGGUGCUUCAUCUUUACUGUUGCUACUGUGUGUUCAUUUUGCAGUCUUCAAUAUUGUAUAAUCUGUAUUUCUGCACAUGUUUUUUACUUUCUGUUUUUAAGUUUCAAAAUAAAACACAGCAGGUUUUUUGUUUA